AGCAAUUUGACAUUGACGGCGCCGAGUGUGACGUAGUGCCGCGCCGGCCAGUCACCGCCCGCCGUUAUCACUCGUUAGUAGCGUUGUUAGCGAAGCGGCCGUGUUUUGUUAUUGCUAGCUUACUGUCUGGCCGGCCCGCGCACUGUCCGUACGUACUGCACCACGCCACACACACUGGGCACGCAGCCCCUACUCCUCGCACCACCCUCACUGACCUUCACGCGCCAGAGUGCAGCGGCAGUAGCGCGACACAGCCAUGCGGUUGAUAAUAUUGGAGGACGCCAGCGUGGUGGCGGACUGGGCGGCGCGCUUCGUGCUGCAGCGCAUCACGCAGUUCGCGCCCGGCCCCGGCCGCCACUUCGUGCUGGGGCUGCCCACCGGGGGCACGCCGCUCGGCAUGUACCGCCGGCUCAUCGACUUCUACAAGGAGGGACGGAUCUCCUUCAAGUACGUCACCACCUUCAACAUGGAUGAGUACGUCGGGCUGCCGCGGGACCACCCGGAGUCGUACCACUACUAUAUGUGGAACGAGUUCUUCAAGCACGUCGACAUCGAGCCCAGCAACGCACACGUCUUGGACGGCAACGCGCCGGACCUCGUGGCUGAGUGCAAGCGGUUCGAAGACCUCAUCGCAGCCGCCGGGGGCGUGCACCUCUUCAUUGGAGGCAUCGGGCCGGACGGACACAUCGCGUUCAACGAGCCAGGCUCCUCGCUCGUGUCGCGCACGCGGGUCAAGACGCUGGCCUACGACACGCUCGAGGCCAACAAGCGCUUCUUCGGCAACGAUAUCAGCAAAGUGCCGCGCCAGGCGCUCACCGUCGGCGUCGGGACCGUCAUGGACGCAAAAGAGGUAAUGAUACUGAUCACGGGCGCGCACAAGUCGCUGGCACUAGCCAAGGCGGUGGAGGAGGGAGUGAACCACAUGUGGACCGUGUCGGCCUUCCAGCAACAUGCGCAGGCGCUGUUCGUGUGCGACGAGGACGCCACGCUCGAGCUGCGCGUCAAGACCGUCAAAUACUUCAAGAGCCUCAUGACGGAGCACAACAAGCUGCUCGAGAUCCUCGCGCGGUGACUCCGUCGGCUACUCCGGGACCAAUCCGUUUACACUGUAUAUUAUAUAUUUUAAG